AUGUAUGAUGUAUCACUUGUUGCACGGCUGCAGGAAUCAGCCUUCUUCAAGGAGCUCAAGGGCUCCGCCCCUUUCUUCCUGAUGGCCGGGCCCAACGUGAUCCAGUCGGAGGAGCACUGCCUUAAGAUGUGCCGUCAGAUCAAGGCCGUGACAGGCAUGUACUUUGGAUGGUGCCUGGGCAUCAAGCUUGUCUUCAAGUCGUCAUUUGACAAAGCGAAUCGCACCAACGCCGCCUCCUUCCGCGGUCCUGGAAUGGAGGAGGGUCUCAGGGUGUUGAAGAAGGUCAAGGACACCUUUGAUGUGCCAAUCAUCACCGACAUCCACGAGUCCUGGCAGGCCGAGAAGGUGGCUGAGGUGGCUGACAUCAUCCAGAUCCCCGCUUUCUUGUGUCGGCAGACCGAUCUGCUGAUCGCCGCCGCCAAGACAGGCAAGGUCAUCCAGAUCAAGAAGGGGCAGUUCUGCGCGGCCUCCGUCAUGCGCAAUUCCACGGAGAAGUGCAAGCACGCCGGCAACCCCAACGUCCUGGUCUGCGAGCGCGGCACCAUGUUUGGCUACUCCGACCUCAUCGUGGACCCACGCAACUUUGUGCUGAUGCGCGAUGCGGGCGUGCCGGUGACUGCAGACGUUACGCACGCCCUGCAGCAGCCAGCCGGCCGGGCCCUGGAGGGCGGCGGCGUCGCCAGCGGCGGCCUGCGCGAGCUCAUCCCCACCAUCGCGCGCACAGCCGUGGCGGUGGGCGUGCAGGGCAUCUUCAUGGAAGUGCACGACAACCCCACUACCUCCCCCGUGGACGCGCCGACGGAGUGGCCGCUGCGAAACCUGCGCAGCCUGCUGGUGGAGCUCAUUGCCAUCGCUCGGGCCACGCGGGGGAGAGACGACCUGGACAUCGACCUGUCCCCCGUGGGCGAGGACUUUGACCCCGAGGCCAUGAUCUGA